CCUGGGAGAAGUAGAAAUAUCCAGACCAGACCCGUUCCCCACAAGAACAGAGAUUUUCCCGCCAAUUCAAAAUCUUGUUUAUCUUCCUUAAUACUCAAUUCUGAAACAAGAAAAGAAGGCCAAUUCUCUACUGAAAAUGGGAAACCAGCAAACGAUAACGAAAGUAAUGGAAGGAGGUACAAGGAACAGAAGUAUUAGUACUAAUAGCAGUAGAAAUCCACUCUCAGAUUGCACCAACACCAUUGAUGCUUUAAACUCUUCUCAAUCAUCAUCCACUCCAACACAAAAUUCUUCUUCCAGUAUCAAACCCGGUAAGUUGUUGACCCCAAAGACUAACAAUAUCAGUGCUUCUACAAAAUCUAGUGAAUCCCAAGCUAACAACGAGAACAGUCCGUCAAACCCUAGUGCCGUUUUCGUUCCCUCCAUUACCACGUCUCCUCGGACUGCAAAAGCCUCCUCUCUUGAAGGUACUGCUACUCAUAAUAAUUCUGAGCUGUCUUCUGUUUACAAUCGGAGACAGUCUGAGAACACAAGGAGGAGUAAAAGGAAGGCAGUUGCUGAGCCUAUGAGCUGCUUUCCUGCAGCAAAGACUCGAGUUACUAGGGAUGAAAUGAAUGAAGGUGAAGGUACCCGUCUAACCAAAUCCUGUACACUGCCUUACAAAAAGAAGCGACGUCAAACUACCCCAAAAGAAGAUCUUGCCAAUAAUGCCCUGCCACGAGACUUUAUUGAGCAGCAAAGAGCUUAUUUUGCAGAAAUAGAUGCUUUUGACCUGGAAGAGGAGGAAGUUUCUUCAAUCAAUGAGUUGGACUGAGUGAAUGUGAGACUGGGUACAUAAUUCAGGUUGAGAAAAGAAAGGCACCCUAACCCUGGAAUUUUCUGUACAUAGUUGAGAAUUCUUUAGUUGAUAUAUCUGGUGUAAUAGCAGCCUAACAAGUCAUUUGAUCUAAGAGCUGGAUGCUCUCUGUUAUAGUCCAAUGUACAUGGAGAAAACGAUGAUUUAUCGAGUAGAAAAGAGAGCAUUUCUUUUUCUAGAUGAUAGACGGUAUAUAAUUUUGGAGAAUGAAGUCUUCAAAUACACUAAUAUUGCAGUU